GCAUGCAGCGGAGUUUGUAAACAUUAGGUUUUUGUGUAAAUUUGUAUAAUUACACACAAUAAAAUGGACACCGUGCCACCUAAACCGAAGAAACUAAAAAGUGCAACUAGAGAAGAGCUACUAAAUUUAAGUAAAGAUGAUUUGGUGGAUAAAAUAUUGCAAUUAGAGCAUAAUGCCCAGCUGAAGAAUAUAAUUAGUAAAAAUGUGUCGGGCGAAGAGGAUACUGAGAGGAAAAGGAAGAAACCGUUCGAUUUUAGCAAAUGCCAGUACCGCAGAGUCUUGCUUCAUAUCCUGUACUUCGGCUGGGACUACCAAGGGCUAGCGGUGCAGGAAGACACCACACAGACCAUAGAGCAUCACCUCUUUCACGCGCUGACCAAGUCCUGUCUGAUUCAGAGUCGCGAGACUUCGCAGUACCACAGAUGUGGCAGGACAGAUAAAGGAGUCAGUGCCUUUGGCCAGGUGAUAUCAAUAUCGCUACGCAGUACACACGGCGAAGAUGGUGACGUCAAUACAGAAAUGCCAUACUGUAAAAUACUGAACCGACUGCUGCCAAAAGACAUCAGGGCGGUCGCUUGGAUGCCUAUACCUAGUGACAAGCUAGAGUAUAGUGCCAGGUUCGACUGCACCCAACGUCAAUACAAGUACUACUUCCCCCGCGGCACAUUGAACCUUGCUUCCAUGCGCGCCGCGUGCGCACUGUUGCCUGGUGCGAGAGAUUUCCGCCAUCUUUGCAAGAUGGACGUCGGUAAUGGCGUCACACAGUUUAUAAGAGAACUGAAGAAGGCAGAGAUUCAUCCAGUAGACCAAGAGGACGAUACUCCGUACACAAUGUACUACCUCCUUAUAGAAGGCAACGCGUUCCUCUGGCACCAGAUCCGAUGCAUCAUGGGCAUUCUACUGCUGAUUGGUCAAGGGAAAGAGUCGCCAGAUGUCGUUACUGAGCUGCUGGAUAUUGAGAAGAACCCGAGGAAACCGCAAUACAGUAUGGCGUUGGACGUCCCUCUGAACCUAUUUCAUUGCAGCUACGAUUUGGAACAGACGCAAAAGUGGAUAUACGAUAAAGAGGAACUCAAAACGGUCAUAACUCAGCUUCAGGCCGAAUGGUCUAUUCAUAAUAUCAAAUCCACAAUGAUCCGAGACGCUCUACACCAGCUAGAAAAACAAUAUGAAGAUAUGUGUAAGAGCGAGACAAAUGAAUCAGAAAGAGACAGGGUUACCGCACAUGCAGAUUGUCUGCUGCAGGGAGUGAAGCCUAAAGUUUAUAAACCUCUACUAGAGAGACAGACUUGUGCAAGUCUAGAAGAAAGGAUCGAGUAUUAUAAGAAGAAAAGGAAAGGGCAAAACGAUAGCGAUGUUAACUCAGAUGUUUAGUUUUUAUUAAUAAUGUAUUGUUAUAUGUAAUAAAUCUGUAUUUUUA